CCUUCUCCGGCGCGUCCCCUCCUGGAGUUGCGGCGCCCGCGGCUGCCCCGCGCCUGGCUCCUUCUCCCCGGCUCUGCGUCCCCUCCCGGGGGUGUGUGCGUGGCAACUUUGCCCCUCGCUUCUGCUCCUCUGAUUGCCCUUAUAUGUGACCAUGGCAGUGCCGGCGGCUUUGAUCCCCCCGACCCAGCUGGUCCCCCCGCAGCCCCCGAUCUCCACGUCUGCUUCCUCCUCUGGCACCACCACCUCCACCUCCUCGGCGACCUCGUCUCCGGCUCCGUCCAUCGGACCCCCGGCGUCCUCUGGGCCAACUCUGUUCCGGCCGGAGCCCAUCGCUCCCGCGGCGGCGGCGGCGGCGGCGGCGGCGGCCACAGUCACCUCUCCCGGCGGCGGCGGCGGCGGAGGCAGCGGAGGCGGCGGUGGCAGCGGUGGCAACGGCGGCGGCAGCGGAGGCGGCGGCAACUGCAACUCCAGCCUGGCGGCCGCGAGCAACGGCGGCGGCAUCAGCGCUGGCGGCGGCGGCGCCUCGAGCACCCCCAUCAACGCGAGCACCGGCAGCAGCAGCAGCAGCAGUAGCAGCAGCAGCAGUAGCAGCAGCAGUAGCAGCAGCAGCAGCAGCUGCGGCCCCCUCCCCGGGAAGCCAGUGUACUCAACCCCGUCCCCAGUGGAAAACACCCCCCAGAAUAAUGAGUGCAAAAUGGUGGAUCUGAGGGGGGCCAAAGUAGCCUCCUUCACCGUGGAGGGCUGCGAGCUGAUCUGCCUGCCCCAGGCUUUCGACCUGUUCCUGAAGCACUUGGUGGGGGGCUUGCACACUGUCUACACCAAGCUGAAGCGGUUGGAGAUCACGCCGGUGGUGUGCAAUGUGGAACAGGUUCGUAUCCUGAGAGGACUGGGCGCCAUCCAGCCGGGAGUGAACCGUUGCAAACUCAUCUCCAGGAAAGACUUCGAGACUCUCUACAAUGACUGCACCAACGCAAGUUCUAGACCUGGAAGGCCUCCUAAGAGGACUCAAAGUGUCACCUCCCCAGAGAACUCUCAUAUCAUGCCACAUUCUGUCCCUGGUCUCAUGUCUCCUGGAAUAAUUCCACCAACAGGUCUUACAGCAGCAGCUGCAGCAGCUGCUGCUGCUACCAAUGCAGCUAUCGCCGAAGCAAUGAAGGUGAAAAAAAUCAAAUUAGAAGCCAUGAGUAACUAUCAUGCCAGUAAUAACCAACAUGGCGCUGAUUCCGAAAAUGGAGACAUGAAUUCAAGUGUUGGCAGCAGUGAUGGUUCUUGGGAUAAGGAAACACUGCACUCUGCCCCACCUCAGGGAUCUCAGGCCUCUGUUACCCACCCCCGCAUGCCUGGAGCGCAUAGCCUUGCAGUUAGUCAUCCUCUCAACCAUCUCCGGCACAGACACCUGCUGCCAAAUGGACUGGAACUUCCUUUUAUGAUGAUGCCUCACCCUCUAAUUCCUGUCAGCCUACCUCCAGCAUCUGUCACCAUGGCAAUGAGCCAGAUGAACCACCUUAGCACCAUUGCAAAUAUGGCGGCAGCAGCACAAGUUCAGACUCCUCCAUCCAGAGUGGAGACCUCUGUUAUUAAGGAGCGCGUUCCCGAUAGCCCCUCUCCCGCGCCCUCUCUGGAGGAGGGUAGAAGGCCCGGCAGUCACCCCUCCUCACAUCGCAGCAGCAGCGUGUCCAGCUCCCCAGCACGGACUGAGAGCUCUUCAGACAGAAUCCCUGUCCAUCAGAAUGGGCUGUCGAUGAACCAGAUGCUGAUGGGUUUAUCGCCAAAUGUACUCCCUGGACCAAAGGAGGGAGAUUUGGCCAGUCACGACAUGGCACAUGAGUCAAAGAGGAUGCAUAUUGAAAAAGAUGAGACCCCGCUUUCUACACCAACUGCAAGAGACAGCCUUGACAAACUUUCUCUAACUGGGCAUGGACAACCACUGCCUCCAGGUUUUCCGUCUCCUUUUCUGUUUCCUGAUGGAUUGUCUUCCAUAGAGACCCUUCUGACUAACAUACAGGGGCUUUUGAAGGUUGCCAUAGAUAAUGCGAGAGCUCAAGAAAAGCAGGUCCAAUUGGAGAAAACUGAGCUAAAGAUGGAUUUUUUAAGGGAAAGAGAACUAAGGGAAACUCUCGAGAAGCAGCUGGCUAUGGAACAAAAAAACAGAGCUAUAGUUCAAAAGAGGCUAAAAAAGGAGAAGAAGGCAAAAAGAAAAUUACAAGAAGCACUAGAAUUUGAGACGAAACGGCGUGAGCAAGCAGAGCAGACCCUGAAACAGGCAGCUUCGACAGACAGUCUCAGAGUGUUAAACGACUCUCUGACCCCAGAGAUAGAAGCUGACCGCAGUGGCGGCAGAACAGAUGCUGAAAGGACAAUACAAGAUGGAAGACUGUAUUUGAAAACUACUGUCAUGUACUGAAUCUUUCCUGUUGAAGAAAGCCCAUGUCAUAGUAGAGAAUUUGCAGUCAGACAUUCACCAUUGAAAAAUUUGGAGAAAAGAUAAAAGUCCUUUCAAGGGAACUUCCUCAACUUUGUGUAUUAAAUUUCUUUAACACUGAAGUAUUCUACAAAAAAAAAAAAAAGUUCCUCCAUUGAUUUUCACCAAGAGACCUGAGAAUGUUUAUAAAUAUACAAGUAUCAAAACUUCUUACAGUUCAUAACUGCAACUUUCUGCUGGACACUUGUAUACAAAGUUAAAGGCAGGUCUGAAAAUGGACCUGGCUUUUUUUUUUAAUGGAAUGAACCAAUUUCCUCUUCUGAAAAUUCUGUAUCUGAGCACAUCAAGAGACUCUUGUAACGUUAAUUAUCCAGACUUACAGAACCAUGUCCCACUGAAACCAGCAAGAAUGCAUGGAAAUGAACUUCUAAGGGGGCAUAGAGGAUUGUGAAAAAAAAAAAAAAUAAAGAGUAGUAUUCUGUUACAUUCAGUUUUAAACUCUUAAUUGCGAGUUUUUCUCCAGAAAAUUUUUUUCACAUACUUUCCAAAAGACCAACAAGUGGAUAUUGACAUCAACCCAAUGAAAUAACACGUUGCAUAUCUGAAAAGAAGCAUUGAAUAUAAGCCAAAAGGUUUCGCUGAAGGUCUCUUUUUCUUAAAAAUAAAAUAUAUAAAUAUAUAUAUAAAUGUAACAUUUUCAUUCCAAACUGGUAGUGGUAUAUAGAAUUUAAAAUAAUAAUGUUGCUUCUUAUUCAAACUGUUGGUCACAUGUACAGUAUAUAAACAUAAAACACAAGGAAGGUAUUAUGUAUGCAGUAGUAUACUAGAAUUUAGGAAAAUGAAAAUUUUAGAAAAUAUGUUUUGUCACCCUGUUGGUCAGAAAGAUGUCUUUCUGGUUUUAACGCAUGCAGGCAUGUAAAUAUUUGUCUGAAGUCACAGUAUUAAUGAAUGAGACUUAAGUAUCUGGUGACAUCAGAACUCUGUCUCAGCCACUUUUAUUUGUAUAUUGAACCCUAGUUAGUGCCCCAAACUGCACUAUUGAGAAUGGAUUGUGGCUGAACAGUAAAUCAAAACACCAGAAAUAUUUUUAUAUGUUAAUGUCAUAUUAUGUUAAUGUUGCUAAACAACAAAACCUAACAAAUCCUUGAUGUAUCAGUCCAAUACCAUGUAGCCCUGAGUGAUAAAGUUAAAAUGUGUUGUGCUUCCCACCCUGAUCAGAGGGAAGGGUGGCUAUGUGUUAUUUUCACUGUCUUUAUGAAAGUUACAGUAUGUGUUUUCACUUUUGUGCAGAUAACUGGAAGUAAAGCUGCAAACAGUGCUUAUUACAUGGUGAAGUUACCUUCCCUUUGCUUUUAUAUACGUGGAAUUACACCUUUAAAGACUGAUAUAUCACUACAGCCACUGUACAAUUCAUUAUUUUCUGUCAUCUUAAAAUUUUAUAAUUAAAGCAUUAUUUAUUACCAUAACACAGCAAAAUCUUAAGUGUCUAAGAAAUUAGUUUAAAAUGUUUAAGUUAGUUUUGAUUGGGUAAUAAUUAUUUGGCUUUAAAAAGUUAACAUUAGUGAUACUCUGGCACUAAGCUUCUAUAUUUUUAGGUCUUCCUCAUACUGCUGAAACAUAAUUCUUUUAUGUAACUCGCUAUUAACCGGCUAAACCCAUUUUAAUACAAUUGAAAGGUUAUAUGUACAGCUCCUAUUUUAGCUUGCUUUAAAAGGGGGCAAUAUUUUUUAUUUAAGAUAUUGUUAGUAAAUGCUUUGUAGAAAUUUGGUUUUCUAAGCAUAGCUUUUCCAUAACCAUCUUUUGUUGAGUACAAGAGAUUCUGCUCCUCCUACAUUGUGUGUUUGUUGUUUUCUCCUAUAUGCAGUCUUUAAAGGAUUACAACGUUUAAAAUUGGAUUGACUUGUGGCAAGAUUUUGAAUUAUGCAUCUUUGGAAAGAUUUUUUAAAAAGCCUACGACUUACAUGUGUGGUAGAACCAGCCAUUGCUCUGCUCCUGGCAUAGAGUCACCUGUUAAGUAGGGUUAAAUAGUUUAAAAAUACAUCUUUCAAGACCUUUGAGAAUGCGUUAGUGUUUGGUUUGAUAUGAAAGGAAAUUUUAGCAAGGAUUAAAGAAAAAGCUAUCAGUUUUAUGUUGAGAAAGACUCUUACUAACAUGUUUGUAAAUAUUACAGCUCAUGAAAUGUUAAUGUAAGUCUGUAACUUAAUUUUUUUCCUUUUUUAGUUAAACAGAUUGGUUAGAAAUUUGUGUUUUGGCAUAAACAAGUAAAAUUGUGCCCAUUUUAUGGUUUUCAUGCUUUUGUAAACCUACAAAUAUUAAUGUCUAGUUGUCCUAUAUUAUAACCACAUUUGCGCUCUAUGCAAGCCCCUGGAACAGAACGUACUCAUCUUCAUGUAGGACCUAUGAAAAUUGUCUAUUUUUAUCUAUAUAUUUAAAGUUUUCUAAAAAUGAUAAAAAGGUUAUUACGAAUUUUGUUGUACAAAACCUGUACAAAAAUCUGUUUUUACAUCAUAAUGCAAGAAUUGGAAAUUUUUCUAUGGUAGCCUAGUUAUUUGAGCCUGGUUUCAAUGUGAGAACCACGUUUACUGGUAUUGUAUUUAAUUUUCCUUUUCUUUCAACAACCUCCUAAUAAAAAUGUCUGAAAUCUG